CAACCUGUCCCUAAGAAGUCUCGGUCUGACUGAUGAGGCUCAAUGGCGGUUUCGGUUGAACUGUGAGCAAGACGCGAAGUAUCUGCUAUGCAGCGCCCAUCCUGGCCGCUCAUCCCAGCGAACUAUGAGAUGGGAGGCCAGGAAGGGCGUUGUCUAUGCGGCGCCGAAUGAGAUACGUUGAGAUGGUCUCUUCGGAGACAUCCGAUAAAAUUGGAACGAUCGAGAUGAAAAAUGGUCAACUAUGAGCCUUCAAAUAAGAUUGCUCCUUCCCCGCAUCUUCUCGGUGUUUCUUCGGUGGGGUCAUCUUUCCCGCGGGCUGGUGUCGACCAUUUGAUUUAUUUUGAUUGUGUUGCUCAUAUGGCCAUCAAUUGGUGCAAGCUUGAGAUCUUCUUCGCCAUCCGUCACCACCAUCGUCUACCAUGGACGACAUUUUGGGGUUUCUUAGGGUCCAUGUGAUCCGAGGGGUCAACUUGGCGGUCAGGGACAUCAGAACCAGCGAUCCGUAUGUUGUUGUCAGGAUGGGUGACCAGAAAUUGAAGACAAAAGUGAUGAAGAAAAAUGUCAAUCCUGAAUGGAACGAAAAAUUGACCCUUACCAUUUCAGAAUCCAUCAGGCCAAUUAGAAUUGAAGUUUAUGACAAAGAUAGGUUCAGCCACGAUGAUGGAAUGGGUGAUGCUGAAAUUGAUAUAAACCCUUUCAUGGAAGCGGUGAAAAUGCGUAUAGCUGGUUCUGAAGAUAAUGUCGUAUACAGGACAAUUCUGCCAGCUCCAAAUAACUGCUUGGCUACUGAAAGCUGCAUCAGGUGUGUCGAUGGGAAGAUUGUGCAGGACAUCAUUCUCAGGCUAAGAAAUGUCGAGUGCGGCGAACUGGAAUUGCAAUUGGUUUGGCAACCUCUACAGCGGGCAAGGCGGCGGUAGGUUAUUGACACCAUCUGAACAAUCACCUACAAAAAGUUUCAGUCAGGCAUCUGAAUUCAUGUUUAGUCAACUGUAAAAGAUACAAUGUUGUAUCCAACACCAGGAAAUAUCAGUCUUAGCGCACCAGUCACCUUAGCGUCUCGAGAAAUACAUGAGAAAGGAAAAGCAAAGUGCCUUUUCAUGGCCUCGUUCUUAAAAUGCUCAACAAAUCUCGUGCACCAGAGGGUUAGGAAGAUGGCGCAUGACUUCACUCUUGCUACCACAAUCUAUGCAUUAUUUUCUUGUCACCAAUACCUGUGAGGUUUCUGACGAUGGCUGACAUUCUAUUUUGAUAUUCUCAAAUGCCAAUUUAAAACGGAAAGGAAAAAUGAAUAUUUUCAAAAUAUACCUACCUCAAAAUCUUCUGUUA